CAAUGACGUAUUGUAAAUUACGUAGCUAUCCUAUUAUGCUUUCUAUGCUAACAGUUGCCUAUUCAGAUUGAUGUCCUCGAUCCAUUACAAGUUUCGAGCGACAUUAGAAUACAAAACGCUACAGUUUGACGGUCUUCAUAUCACUGGAGCCGAUUUGAAGAAGGAAAUCUGUGCAAAGGAAGGAAUUAGAGCCGAAGCGUUUGAUCUCUUAUUACAGAAUGCUCAUACAAAACGCAGUUACACAGCGGAGGAACUCAUUCCGCGAAAUUCAUCCAUCAUAGUGCAACGAGUACCCAGAGAAGAUGCGGAGAAAUUGCCCAAAAUUCAGGGCGUCAAUACAGGAGCCAUUGCCAGUCGACCUACUGCUGAAACUGGUCUUACUGCUCCUGCUCCCAUCAAUCCUGAAGAAUUCGAAAAGCUUUCUGAAGAAGAUCAGAUUGCUCACAUAAAGGAUGUUUCGACGGCAAAGUACCACUCUAGCAAUUUUCAAAAGAAAACCACGAAUAUUAUGUCUGGACCACCACCGCCAACCUACACCUGCAAUCGCUGCAACCAACCUGGACACUGGUACAAGAACUGCCCAAUGUUGGCUACGAAACGCACCACUGGAAUACCUUCACAAGAAUUGAUGGAAACUACCGCUGAAGAUCCGUUAGCUAUGUUGCAUCCUUCCGGUAAAUUAGUAGUGCCUAUAAUGCAUUGGAAGGCCAGACAACAUACUAAAAAGGUGGUAGAAGAAGGUCCCGCCAUAGAACGAGUACCGCCACCAGAGUUGACAUGCCCAAUAUGUUCACAUCUCUUGAAGGAUGCAGUCCUUACAACUUGCUGUGGUAAUUCUUUUUGUGCUGACUGUGCAUCGAAUAAAAUUAUGGAGUCUCCCGACCGUCAAUGCCCUGGCAAAAAUUGCGAUCAUAAACAGCUUUCCUUGGAUUCUCUGGUGCCUAACAAAUCAGUGCGGCGGGCUGCAGCUGCAUGGUCCAUGGGAGGUUCAGGAGGUCAGGAGGAACACAUGAGGUUUAGAAUAGGACUGCAACCAUCAGCACCCAUCUCCGCGGCUUCAACUCCACCGCAGACGAUGUCUCCAGCUGUAUCCCAGUCGACGAUUGCACCUGCCCCUACAGUUACGGUACCAUCCCAGGAUCCAGCAGUUCAGGCUCAGAACUCUCCCACACCCUUUCCUAGUCAACCGGCUACGGUUUCUGUUCCUGUUCCUGCGUCCUUUUCACAGCCACCUCCAAAUAUGGCACCAGCUGUGCCUGUUGUAGCUAGUUCGUCCUCAUCGGGUGACGCUCUCCUCCCUCCAGGGACAUCAGUACUUCCACCACAAACCAUAACAUUACCCCUUACAACUAUGCAAACAGCAAACAGUUUACCGCCAAUACCCGGUGUCGGUUUACCGCUGCAGCAACAGUUACUCGUGCCGGCCAAUUCGUCAUACAUGUACAACCAACCCCCACCUACUAUGACUCUCGGCGCACCUCAGCCUCAAAUCAUGGAUGCUUGGGACGCUUUUCUACAUAGAAAGGAUCGAGAGCGAGAAAGACCGCGUAAGAGAGCCAGGAGCCGAAAUCGAUCCACAAGCUCAACCUCGUCUUCAAGCUCGGCUGAGGAUCGCCGGAAACGACAUAGUCGCCACGAUCGAGAUAAAAGGCGUGUUCAUCGGAGUGACAAAGAAAAGGAGCAUCGUGGUCGUGAGAACAGGUAUCGCAAUCAUGGUGAAGAUCGCAGAGAUCGCGAACGGAAUGACAGAGAUAGGAUAAGAGAACGAGAAUAUAGCGAUAGGCACAGAGAUAGCAGAGCUCAACGAAGUACACAUGUUUCGCGCAGAGAAGUGAAAGAGGAACUUGCCCUCCCGUCGCUGAUGGGCUUGGAGGUGGCUACUCCUCCGAAUCUCCUUAGCAAACGCGAAAGGUCAAGGUCUCCAUCUGCAUCACCGCGGGAACAGAUUGCUUCGUCAAGUGAUCGCAAGAAACGAAAGAAGGAUUCUCGUUUCAAGUCAGAUGCGAAGUGGCGUUCGCGCAAAGAGAAAGAGCAAAGAAAAGGAAACGAUAGCGAGGAAGUCGCUAAGGAGAUUGCAGAUGAGGAGGCUAUCGAUGGAACAUUAAGAGAAGUUGCUGAGUUUGUUCGCGUUGAGGCGAACUGCGAUGAUGAUGGCAUUGAGUUCGAUGUAGAAGAAACGGAAGUAGCAAAGGAAACAGUUACCGAAGCGGAGGACGAAAAGAGUGUUACUGAUACUGAACCAGUUCCUGAAGAGCAACACGCCGCAGAGCCAGCGGAGAAUGCCAUCGAACAGCUAAGCGAAGCCGACAAUGAGGAACCUUUGGAACCGAAAUCAGAAAGUGACGCUCUAGAUAGGAAAUCUGAAUCGGAUGCGACACUUGUGACCAAAGAAGACAUAGAAGAAAAGGAUACUCUAGAAGAGCAUGUAGAAGAAGAUGAAGAGAGAAGCACAAGAAAGAAGGAUAAGAAGCACAAAAAGCAUAAGAAACAUAAGCGAAGCAGGGAGGCUGAAGAUGAAGGCGGUAGCGAAUCAAAACAUCGCCAUAAACGAAAGAAGGAAAAGAAAGAAAAGAAGGAAAAACGAAAGAAGGACAAGAAACACAAGCGAGAUAAGGAGGAAGCAAGUGACCACCGGGAGGAUUUGGGAAGAGAGGCGAUUUCGCGCUCUAGAGACGAAGAUGAAGAUCGCAGAUAUCAGGAAGCGAGAGAAGAGACUGUUGUUGAGAAAGACGUCAAACGCGAAAAUCGUGAUGAUAUCAAAGAUGAACGAAGGGAAUCAGAAAGCAGCAAUUAUAAGAAGAAAGAGGAGCACAAGUCCAGAGUAUACGAGGAUCGAGAGGAAAAGAAGCAUGAUGACAGGAAACAUGAUGAUAAACGUUACGAGAAAAGUCGAGGAGAAGCUCAUGAAAGCCGGAAACGGGAUAAAAGUCAAGAAAGGAGCGAGAAACAUAGACACAGAAGUCGCGAAAGGUCUGAACGGAAACACAGAGAGCAUUCCAGCAAAAAGAAAGAAAGAGACAGUAGUCGUGAAAGGAAUACAGAAGAGCGCCGGCAGGACACAGAACGGAAAGAAGACGUGCUGUCAAAAGAGAAACUUGAGAAAAGUAAACCUUCGCAGCCUCAGAAAGGUGGUAGUGGUAGCAGUAGACAAGAAAACGUCGCAUCCGAAGCGGUCAGACGACAGCCUUCAUCCCAAUCGAACAUGCCUUCCUCCUCAUCUGUCGGGCGAGGUGGUGAUAACCAAAGCAAAACAAACGUUGAUCCUUCUAUACUGGCACGGAAGCACAAGGAUGUUGCAGCUGUUCGUGAUCGCGAUGAGCCUCAAUUGAAGAAGCAGAAGCAGGAAUCCUCUAUUCCUACAUCAGCAUCAUCUACCGCUAGCAAAUUAAAGCCGGCUGCGCCAAUAAUCAAAUUCAAAGUUAACCCUCCCAGUCUGAAGAGGCCUCUUCCCUUACUCAAAUCAGCUCCCUUGGGUGAUAAAGAUUCAACUGAUGUUGAAGAAGAUAAAGCUAAGCUUACUGGUGAUGCUAAUACUGGGACUGAUCGACGAAUGCGAGAAGCAUUUUCUCCACCGAAACUGCAACGCAAAAAGAUCACUUUGAAUCUGUAGCUGUUGUGCUGCCUUGUCAAUAUCGGGUCAAUCGAAAACUUCACGGUUUUCUUGUUGUAAAUUUUUAGUCUAGAUUGUACUAUUGCAAGAGAAGGCUGAAUAUGUGCUGAGCUUACUUGUUGGACAUUGGUCGAGAUUGAAUUGAUUUUAUUUCAUAGAUAAUCUCUAAGGCUACGCGUGAUGGCUUUGUGCUUCUCCAAAAGAAGGAAUAUGCAUAGUUUUUGUUUUUGAUUGUAUUGUUACGUUGAAUGUUAAUAAUAAAUCCUGU